CACCCACCACAAGCUGACAGUUUUAGGCCCGUCCUGUUGGCAGCUCUGCCCACUGACAGCUGUCAGAAUUUAGCAUCGGAAGGACGUGACGUCACCGAUUUCUUUUCCUCACGUUUUCGUAGUGAACGACAGCAGCGAAACUUGAAUCAAAAUGGGUCGCGUUCGUACCAAGACCGUCAAGAAGGCCUCUAAGGUCAUUAUUGAGAAAUACUACACCCGGUUGACGAUGGAUUUCCACACGAACAAGCGGAUCGUCGAAGAAGUGGCCAUCAUUCCAACGAAGCCCCUGCGCAACAAGAUCGCUGGUUUCGUGACACAUCUGAUGAAGCGCCUGCGCCACUCCCAGGUCCGUGGUAUCUCCAUCAAGCUGCAGGAGGAGGAACGUGAGCGCAGAGACAACUACGUGCCGGAAGUGUCCGCCCUGGAGCAGGACAUCAUCGAAGUCGACCCGGAGACCAAGGAGAUGUUGAAGCAGCUGGACUUCAACAACAUCGUUGUCCAGGUCACCAACCCAUCGGCACAGGGCUACAGCCGCCGGAACUAAGUCUGCUAAAGUAUCACGUCCUGGUCCUGGUGCAGUUGGGUUUGUUCUAGAAUUUCCCACACCGGAACAUCCAUGGGUUGGGUUUGCGAGAGUGUAUCGUAUAAGUAAAAGAAUAUGAUCCUUUGGAAGUUAAGGAAAGAUAAACGAUAACAAGGUAAUCGAA